AUGAACAACAAAACGACUCUCACAGCAGGUUUUGUAUUACCUUUAUUUACAGUCAUUUGUGGUUCAAUAGCUAGUAUAGUGUCCGCUAUUAUUUUGUUAAUUAUUAUUUAUCAUCAACAUAAUAAUCGAAUAAAACAAGAAGAAAGAAUUAAUUUGAUUUUAUGUGCUAAUAUUUAUCUUUAUAUUUUUCUUUGUUCAACAAUUUUAAUUUUACUAAAUAUUCAAACACUGUUAGGUGAUCUUUAUGGUUUGAAUUCUAAUUCAACACCAUGUGUAUUUCUUGGAUACCUUAAUGCUGUUUUGAUCUGUGCUUUAUAUUAUGGAUUUAUUGGUCAAGCUUUAUACCGACUUUGUCGUAUUGUAUAUCCAAAACACAAAUGGCUUCAAGUAUAUUGGCUUUAUAUUAUUGAAAUACCAUCUCAAUUUAUUAGUGCUUGUUUAAUUAUGUGUCCGCUCUACGUUUGGCAUGAUAUCACUUAUAUACCUGAUUUAUAUCAGUGUUUUAUACCAACUCACAAUAUUCUCGGUACCAUUUGGGUCGGAGUAAUUGGCCGAAGAAAGAAUAGACGGCCGAAUCGAUCGAAGGCGCUGAUUGGCUGUUGCGCUACAAAUUCAUCAAAAAAUAAAUCAAGUGUAAAAGAAUUGAUUCACGCAUUAAAAAAUGGUGAGAAACUUGAUUGUUUGCCUGAUGUAAUUCAGACUGGUGUAUUUUAUCGUCUUGCAUUAUGUUCAAAUACUCAAGAUGGGUACAAGUUAGAUCCUUUUCUAUGGAAAAAUACAGGCACAAUACCAUAUCCAAAAAAUAAUCCUGAAUUUAUCAAAAUUUAUUAUUCGUGCAUUAAUGCUGAGAAGAAAAAAGAUGGUCGAUGUGUAAAACAUGUUUAUAUAUCUAAAACAAAUGUUCUGGAUGUCCUUGUUCAUUAUCAUGGAAAUCUUGAUAUUGCAACAAAACAUUCACAUGGAAAUUCUCAAUUAAUCAAUUCUCAUGUACAUCGCAAUGUGCCUUCAUCAGUUGUUAAUGAAAUAGAUGGAUUAGUAACAACAAUGUCAGGUGCUGCUGCUUAUAAAACAUUAUCUGCUACAAUUGAUAAAGAUGGUAGUCCACGAAACGAAUAUCAAUGCAAAUAUCGACGAAGAAAAUAUUUAGAAAGUCAACGAAUCAGCACAGAUGAAAUUCUUAAUAUUGGUCUGUUAGGUUAUGAACUUAAUGGGUUUUUCAAAUUCAUGUUAUGGCAACCACAAUUAGUUAUCGUCUUGAUGCAUGAUCAAAUGAAAAAACAAUUUUCAAGUCUUCUUAAACUAACUGAAGAAAUUAUUCCUUUAUAUUAUGAUACUACAUUUUCCUUGGGUGAAGUUUAUGUUUCAAUAUUGAGUUUUCGACAUACAAUGUUUACUGAACGACCAAUACUUCCAAUUGCCAUUCUAAUGCAUGACACUAAACAAGAAUAUGCACAUGAUAAUAUAGCUCGUGUACUUGAAAUGGAAUUACCAGAUUUGUAUAAAAAAUGUGUAUUUAUAACAGAUCAUGAAAUCGGAUUUAAAAAUGCUUUUCGAAAAUGUUAUCCUACAAUGCCACAACUUCGUUGCUGGAAUCACGCACUAAAAGAUAUUAAAAUUGCUGCUAAAAAGUACUUACAUGUUGAACAACAAUCACAAACUACUGAACAACAACAAACACCAUCUGAUGAACAACAAACAUCUAAUGAAGAUACACAAAUGAAGAUUGAACAACAAGAUGAUAAUCUUUUAACAAAAAAACAACUUGUAGCUUGUGUUAUGGAAGAAAUCAAAGAUCUUCUACGUUCAACCACUCGUGAUGAAUUUAUCAAUGAAUAUGCAAACGUUUCUCAGUCGUGGUCACCAGAAUUUUAUCAUUACUUCGAAACAUAUUGUUUACCAUCAAUCGAUGAGUUAGGUGCUUGGUCUAGUCUUCCGAUGAAUCUAUUUGAUGAUAUGUCUGGUGUAACAAGUAAUCCUAGUGAAAGUAUCAAUGCUGUGUUCAAGCGGUGGCUUUGUUGGAAAGAAUUAUCACUUGAUGCAUUAGUUCAAAUGUUUUAUUUAGUAUUAGGUUAUUAUGUCAAUGAAAUUAGACGUGGUUUUUCUGGAUAUGGCAAUUAUCAUUUACAAUUAAAAUAUAAUGAUUCAAAGGUUGAUCCUGCUCUACUAACAUUUGUUUCUGGAUUUUCACCUGAUGUGGCUGUUGAAAAAAUGAGAUCUCUGUUACUUAAGCGAAAAUCAUCUGAAAAUCAUGGCGAUUCUGGAAUGAAUUCUAUAAUAACUAAAUUGGAUUUUAGCAGCUUGAACAAUGAUGGUGAUAUUAGCAUUUUACAAGAUUCUGCGAUGAAUCCAGCUCUUCAAGAUACAUCGAUUCAAGGUCCAACAGAAGAUAAUGAUAAAUCUUCCUAUCGUGCAACAUUAAGUAAUACUGAUCGAGCUGAACUUCAUAUUCAACAAGGUUUAGUGAAAUUUCAUGAAGAUAGUGGAGCUUUUAUUGUACGUUCUCUUGAUCAUAAUUUGGUUCAUGCUGUUCAUAUGAGUGAUCCUAAACGACUUUUUCGAUGUUCAUGCUCAAACACAACGCAAAGUUGUUUUCAUAUACUUUGUGUUAAAGUAUAUUUGAAGAUGCCGAUGGACAAGUCCAAUGAAAAAGUUAAUCUUGGUCAUUCACGAAAACGUAGAAGAAUCGAAGACAAGAUCACAAAGCCUGGUGGAAAACGACCUCGUCGAUGUGAUAAAGAUCCAGAAAAGAAAAAUACAUCUCCAUAUUUUCAUUCGAAUGAGAACAGUUCAACAAUUCUUUCACAAACAAAACAAAUAGGCAUUGCUUCUCAAACAGCUUCAUUAAAUAAUCCAUCAUCGAUUACUCGUGCACUUACAGAUAUAUCUAAUGUACCUUCAAGUUCAACUGCUCUUGAUUCUAUUCAACGAAGAAUAACAUCGAUUCGUUUUGUCACACCAAUAAAUAUCAGUAUGCCAUUACGACAAUCAACCGAAUCCUUAGUUCUUAAACCACUCUAG